AUGGCAAAAGGUGAUACUGGUGCACGAUGUUUCCAAGGCUUGCUCAUCAUGGGGAAUGUCGUCAUGGGGGUAAGUGGACUUGAAAUGUAUAGUAUGGGGGUUGGCUAAUUCAUGGAUGCAGUCCCUCAUAGAUUAAUUAAUGUACUUCUAGAGGGAAGCACUUUUCCAGUGAUAUGUAUGUCUCUUGAAAUUAUCCCAUCAAUACAUAUGCAUUUGUGUAGUAGAAGGUAUCACAAUUAUGGCUGCAAAGACAGAUGAAAGUAUAGAUCCACAUUUUUUAUCCCCAAUAGUCUUGUUACAUUUCAAUUACCACUGUAUUCCCUCCUCUGAGGAUUGUAAAUGCAAUUUUGUGUGUUGUGGGUUUUUUAAAAUAAAAAAUCAAUGUUGUUUUUAUAUAUAUAUAUAUAUAUAUUUAAUGCAUAAAUAUAUUUUUGUUGGCAAGGCAAAAAGGGUUGUCGAAAAAACCUUGAAGGCACCUCUCCCAUUUCACUCUUCAAAGAAGUAAAAGGAGAAGAAUAGCAAGGUGUUUGUGUAGGAUAGAGGUCAGCAAAAUCUGGUAUAUGUCAGGUGGGGGGUGGUGCUGCCACAAGAGGCAUCAAGCAGCAUUUAACUCAAACACAAGCAAUGGACAAUGCAAGAAAACUAUUGCUAUGUUAACUAUUGCCUAGCUUCUUUGCAAAUAAAUCUGAAGAUGGAGAAUUAGCUGUGACAGGUCAUGUGGCAGAAGUGUAGAUAGCAAUGUGUGGUUAUUGCAAUCACAAAUUUGUACGAGCGUUGGACGAUAUGGGGUGCCCUUAGUAGUAGAUGAGUGAGCCAAACUUUUGAAUUGUGUGUUUAAUAUGGGCUCAGGUUUUUAUCCUCGGGUCAAGCAAACACCCUUGGGUUGACAGUCAUAUGUCUGUUUGGUUGUGUCUUCUCAGUGUUGUGGCCUUGCACUCAUGGCAGAGUGUAUAUUCUUCGUGUCAGAUCAGCCAACACUUUAUCCAUUGCUGGAAGCUACCGACAAUGACGACAUCUAUGGUGCUGCCUGGAUUGGGAUCUUCACUGGCUUCUCUUUCUUUUGUAUGGCAGUCCUUGGUAUUGUUGGUGUCGUGAAGUCAAAUAGGACAAUGCUAUUGGUGGUAAGUUGGAUAGUCACCAAGAGUAUUCAGCAUUCUCUAAGAGUUUGGUCAGUAUAUUUCUGACUUUUUGCACACAAAGGAAUUUCCUAAACGGUAAAAAGGGUGUUGGAGAGAGUAUUUCCUUGGCAACUUAGUCAUUACUAUGUGUGCAGAGUCUCAGAAAAUGGAAUAAUCAUGAGUGUCAGGGACAUUGUGCACAAAUGAAACUUAAUGUUUUGUCUUCCAUUCUGUUGCAGUUCUAGCACAGAAGAAGUAGAAACUUAUUCAAUUAUAGAUAUGUGUGCAUAGUUUGCUGUCAAUCAUUGUGAAAGAUAUGGCAGAAAAGGUGAGAGACAUAUUAUUCUGAGCAGAUACUUUGCAUUAUCAUUCCACAAAGCACAACUGCAAAAAAGAAUAGAAAAGAGGAUGUCACUGUAGGAAUUGUAUCCAUGAGUCUCUCGUCUGAGAGGAAAAAUCUUCCAGUUCACUAUGACUGAAAUCUUAGUGUAGUGUAAAGCAGUUUUCUUCAACCUUGGCCCCCAGAUACUGUCUACCUGCAACACCUGUCAUCCAUGCCCAUGGCUAAAUUGACUUAUGAUGAAGUUGUCAUUCAGACAAUAUCUGGGGACCCCAAGUUGAAGGACACUUGUGUAAGGAAACAUCUCUUUUUAAAGGGGUGAUGUAGCUAUUAUAAUCCACGAAUUCAUCCUUGUUUAGGAGGAACUGUGUUGUUGUUGUUGUUGUUGUUUUAAUACCCCAAACAGAUCUUCCUAUUGAAGAUAGAGUGGGCAUGAGGUGGAAAUUACUUUGCAGUAUAGAAUCAAGAUUUACAACUUUCUGCUAUAGGACUGAUGGAAAGAAAGAUCUUUCAGAGCAAAGGACCACCUAACCCCUUAUAUGCCCAACAGAUCACUGAGGUCUUUGUGGGAAUCACUGUAGGUGGUCUCCUAUGGUUUGGAGACAUGGCUCGUUUGCACCAGGAAUCAUGCACUUGGAAUUGGGGGCCCAAUUUUAUGAAACUUCCUUCCAGCUGAGCUCAAACAGGGUCCCUCCCAGCACCUGCUGGAGGCAUAUAUUUUAUUUUUUUUAUUCCAGCAGGUGUUUUAAUUUUUGCCUUUCUUCUAGUGUAUUUUCUGUACACUGCUUGGAAGCAGUUGUAGCUAAGCAGUAUAUAAAUUGUUUAAGUAAAUAAAUAAUGAGCGCCUCCACUCUUGGAGGCAGUAUGCCACUGAAUGCUAGGGGGGAUUAUGCUGGGAUAUGGGGGGGUGGUGGUACUCUUUUGCUCCAGUCCUGCUUUGGGGGUUCCUGUUGUCAUUUGGUUGGCUGUUGUGAUAAAAGGAUGCUGUACUACAUGGGUCUUUGGCCUGGUCUGGCAGGCUGCUCUUAAUCUACCUUUUCAGAAGGAAAAAGUAGAAGCUUAGCAACCUACCCCAAGAAUCACGUGUUCCUUUUCAUCUCAAGGAUCUAAACCUGACAGCUAAGUGUACGUGGCAUCCUUUGUUGACAUGGUGUUGUGUUUUUGGCUUAUUUUCAGUAUAUCAUCCUGCUGAUGAUAGUCUUUGCCUUUGAAGUUGCCUCCAGCAUCACAGCAGCUGUGCACCGAGACUUUGUAAGUACUCUGCGCUAUUGGUUUCUCAUUCUAUCAGAUCUUCCCAAUUUCAUCUUUGAAGUGAAAAGGAUAAAAUCUUUGGCGGAGGCCCUUCUGAUGGUGCUUUCCUUAGCAAAAGUACAUCAUGAAUGUUGGAAGAAGAGGCCAUUUUCUGUAGUGGGGACCCAACUUUGGAAGGACUUCCGCAAAGAGGUUGAACUGGCACCAGCAUUACAUUCUUUUUGGCAUGAGGACAAGGCGUUUUGAUCUGCCCAGACAUUUUAAAUCAGGCAUCCCCAAACUCAGCCCUCCAGAUGUUUUGGGACUACAACUCCCAUCAUCCCUAGCUAACAGGACCAGUGGUCAGGGAUGAUGGGAACUGUAGUCCCAAAACAUCUGGAGGGCCAAGUUUGGGGGUGCUUGUUUUAAAUGGUUGUGUUUCCUCAGUCUGCCUCACAGAAUUUGUUGCCUCUCCAUUUACAGUUUAUACGAAGGCGUUUUGUACAAAAGUAUUUGGUAUGGAUGGAUUUUAUUUAUUUCUGUCUGUUUGUACACUGACCCAGAAUCUUUCUGGCUGAAGGGUGGUUUAGCAAUAAAUUAAUAAAAUUAAAACAGCUUGGGCCUUGGUUGCACAUCUGCCAAAGGCAUAUGGCUCUACAAGAAUGAGGCUCUAAGCAGAAUGAACACGAUGGCUAAGAAGAUAUAUGACUGAUUAUUUGUUAUUUUUUGUCUAUGAUUUAUGCUAUAUUUAUGAUGUUUUAUUAUGUUCUAUCACAUUAUUUAUUGUUUGUAAGCUGCUUUGGGAUUCAUUUGAGCGAAAAGCAGCAUAGAAAUAGUAUAAGUAAAUCAAUAUGUGGGAGACUUGCAAGUAUUUUUAAAUGGAAAAGAGAGCUUCCUGCCCACACCUGUGGCCUCAGAAGUAUUAUUAGGUUUUAUUAGAUUAUAUAAAUUGUUAGAUUAUCAAGUAAUUUGGAGAUACUUAAUUUUAGUAUUUUGGCCAUUUCCUAACAAAUGUUUAGGCAGCAAUGAAUGGCAAACUGUUCAUUAUUUAUUUCCUUGAACUUUCCUCAUGAUGUAAUCCUCUGUCAAAGUCUGGUCAAGGGUAUCUCUGCAUUUACACAGCAGUUUAUUCCAUUUCCCUACUAAUUCCCACAUUAUGUUUAAGCUUUCACACCAUGUAAAAGCCAUUCUAGAAAUCAAGUGGAAGAUAGUGCAAGUUUUGUUCUCAUUCCCCUGUUGUUUGCUGCUGCUUCUCCUUCUUCUCCUUCUUCUUCUUCUUCUUCUUCCUCUUUUUAAAAAAACAUUUGCAAGCCUGGAAACCUGGAAAACCAGGGGAGUUUUGGAAAGGGCUGUUGACUGGAUUCAGCCAAGGCCUUACAGGAUCACCCCCUCCCCUCAACAGCUGCUGAAAGGAGGUGGCAAUCCCAAUUUCUAAUGUUCCUUUCACACUGUAGUAACCUACUGGUGUGAAUAAGAUUUAAUGUGACAUAGUGUGGUAUACAGAUUCCGCAGUGUGAAAGAAAUGUUAGAAAUUGGGAGAAGAAGUGCUACCAUUAUACUUAGUAAAACAAACACAAUAAAUACCAUGUCUGGAUGAUAACAAUAACAAUAAUAAUUUAUUACUUAUACCCCACCCACUCUGGGCAGCUUCCAACAGGAUAUUAAAAAUACAUUAAAACAUUAGUCAUUAAAAAGCUUCCCCAAACAGGGCUGCCGUCAGAUGUCUUCUAAAUGUCAGAUAGUUGUUUAUUCCUUUGACAUCUGAUGGGAGGGCGUUCCACCAGGAAUGUAGCCUCUGUUGGUUAUUACUUGGGAUGGAGGCUUUGGUCCUAUUGAGAGUCUUUCUUUCUCCCAAAAUAAAUCUGGCUGACAUUCAUACACCCCUCUCUCAUUGUCAUGCAGCUCACCCCCAAUCUCUUCUUGAAGCAAAUGCUGGAGAAAUACCAGAAUCCAGACCCCAUCAACAAUGACGACAAAUGGAAGAGUGAAGGUAUCACCAGGACGUGGGAUCGGCUCAUGUUGCAGGUAAUGAUGAGGGGUGCAGUUUUGUAAAUCUUUGCUCCAGCCUUAAGAAUACAGCUCUAAAUGUUGUCAGACUCUCUAGUCUGAUGCUUCUGUAGGUACAUCUUUCCUCUGUCCUGUGAGCAAACAAGUUUUUGCUGGACGGUUCCUACGUUUUGUAUGAAUAUUAAUAAUGAAAUGCUGCUAAAUCCCUUCUAAGGCUUCUGUUGGAUUCUUAAGUGUAUUUGUUUAUUCUUACUUUUAUGUUGCUGUGCACACUUCCUUUGGGGAAGGCGAAGGGUUAUGUUUUUGAGAGUGGUCAGUGUAUUAACAAUGACUUUCCACAUCUUGCUACUGCCCAGUAUUAGAAGCACCACCUUUCAACACUUCUUAAACUCAUAUUACCCAACUUCCGUAUGUCAGCCCAGCUGUACUGAUACACAUUCAGAUUUUCUUCAGAUAUAAAAAUAAUGGGUGGAACUCAUAGUCGUGCUAAGGUGAUUCUUCCACCAUCACAGUAAUUUCUGCUUACCAGACAGAACAAUCCCCCCUCUCCUUCCUUUGCAUGCUGCUAUUGGGGUUCUCUUGACCCUCCCAAGCAGUUGUGGGAAGCAAAGUCCCAUUGUGCCAGCAGGAAACAUUAAGCUGGCUUCUGCUAGCCCAACAACUUAGAUGAAUCUGGGCCAAUGAACAUGUGGUAUAAAACGAUAAUAACUUUGUUUAGCACAGUAGUAGCUAAACUUGGCUAAAACUAUAAUCCUGGGAUGAUUAACCCAGCUGAACUCAGGUGUUUGUUAUUGCAAGUAUACCCUCCAGGUAUAGAGUGGUAUAUAAAGUCAAUAAUUAAAUAAUAAUAAUAAUAAUAAUAAUAAUAAUAAUAAUAAUAAUAAUACAUGUAUUGGAUUUGAACUGGCCUAUAAAUGGCUUAGAGUAGACACCUCUGUUUAAAACUCCUUGAGAUAUUUUACUGCUCUCUCUAUGUCUCCUGGAACGAUGCACCAUCUUUCCACACAUGAAUGAAAUUAUCUUGAUCCAGCUUUAAUUAUCCUGAUCCAGAUUGAAUAGUUGGGGAUAAUAUAGGCCAGUUUUAUUUUAAGCAUGCCUUCCAUGCGAAUCCCACUCAGACGAAUAGAAUUAUGAAAAGGAUUCAUCCAAGACCUGAAGGCUUUUGAAUGCAAUGUAUGGUUAGGCUCCUUUUGUUUGCAACUAUGUGAUUCUAUUAUGUUUUAGGUAAGCCAUCUUAGGAUGGCAUCUGUGCCCUGGAAAGGUGGCCUAGAAAUAUCAAAAAUAUUUGAUAUCUACAGGUGAAUUUACAGGAUUUACUAGUCAGAGCAAGCUGUAAUAAACAUAGCCCAUUGAUGUGGUACAUACACUAUGUUCUUAUAAUUUAUAUAAAUAAAAUAUAAUAAUAUAUUAAUGUCACAUAACAUAGGACAGUCUUUAGGUGACAAAGGCUGCAAUCCACCCCCACCUUCAUGCCAGGGCUUUAUGAAGGUGGCACUGUUGUCAGGUAAGAAAGUUAAGGCUCACUACAUCAAUUUAGAGCUGGUGCAGCCAUAUGGUCAAAAGCUUUUACUCAAUGGCACUGUAGCCAAGUCAGGAUCUCAGUGUGGCUCAGCCCUUCCCAGUUCCUGCCUCUGAAAUCCAUUUCAAGGCAUUCCACCGGCAGAAGUCUUGCCCACACGCUUGGUAGCCAGGGUAGCUGGGAAAGCUGAUUAGAGGGACAUCUCUGUAAACAUCAGCUCCACCCACCACCCUACCCCAUGCCAUGGGGGGCUGGAUUGCUCAGUUACAAUCACGUUUUAAAAUUGUUAAAAACAACAACCAUGGUGGAGGUGGGAAGGAAAAUUUCAACAACCUAAUAUAUGAAACAUAAAACACCAGCUUCCACCUGGGUAAGGGGAAUGUUCUGGGACUUUUCAGCAGCCUAGUGCAGCACUAACAUAAAGCUUUGUAUCAGCUGGAUGAAAUUCCAUGAAAUACCCAAAGGGAAGGAGAAAGUCUUAAGCUGCUGCUCAGAGGUAUGUCUGUGUUGGAGCCAGGCAGGCCUCACUUGGGAGGGCAGGAGACCACAGCUGAAGAUUCCAGUAAUAUUCUAGUAGUUUCACUAUUUGUAGAGCAUGGGGUCCCUAACUGAAUAUCAGCCUAUCCUACAUUAUUUUACAUUCCUUUCCUUCUCAGCAAAGUUCUCUCUAGUUUUUGAAUGUCGCACGAGGUGCUUAAUUGCCUUAACCCUAAUGAGCAACUUUCUCUCUCCUUCUUAAACCCAGAAUAAGUGCUGCGGUGUAGUUGGCCCAUCAGACUGGCAAACAUAUAGCUCUGUAUUCAGAAUAAGGAACCAAGAUGCAGAUUUUCCUUGGCCACGCCAGUGCUGCGUAAUGGAUCUUCUAGGAAAGUCAAUCAAUGUGGAUGCCUGCAAACUGGGGAUGGAUGGCUAUUACCAUAAAGACGUAAGAAUACCUUCUUUGUCUUACUUUUUGGGAGGCGAUUGAAAUGCUUAUCUCAAUUAUUUACUUCCCAGAAUGUUGGUGAAGUGCUGAAAUCCAAAAGUGUUAUAAAAGGCUGAAGCCCUGCAGCUGCAAAGAAGAAGAAGAAGAAGAAGAUGAUUAUUUCUUCCUGCUCUCUAUUUGGGGUGGGGUAAUAGAAAGCACAGGGGCAGGGAAAUAGGAUGCAGAUGAUACCCAGCUCUACCUCUCUUUUAAAUCGGAACCAGGCGGUGAAGGUUCUAUGUGACUGCCUGGAGGCAGUUGGAGGAUGGAUGGCAUCUAAUGGAUUGAGGUUGAAUUCUGAUAAGACAGAACUACGUUUUUUGGGGGGACAGGGGGCAGGCGGGUGUGGGGGACUCCCUGGUCCUCAAUGGGGCAACUGUGCUCCUGAAGGAGCAGGUGCGCAGCCUGGGAGUCAUUUUGGACUCACAGCUGUCCAUGGAGGUGCAGGUCAAUUCUGUGUCCAGGGGGAAACCGAGCCAGAUGGGCAGGGUAUAAGUAAUAAAUUGUUGUUGUUGUUGUUGUUAUUUGUGGCUGAUGCACUCUCAUGUGCAGUGUGUACAGCAGUUGGGAGACAUAGCAGCAAAGCCGUGUGAGUGCUAAAAAGUUUGUUUUUGUGUUUUACAAAGUGGGCCCUGAAAGCAUGUUUGGACUUCAGGUUAGCUGCUGCAGUCCUCGUUCCAAGGCUUAAUACUGGAAACAGUGAGAUAACCUGAGGCUGUAGAGUUUCUAGACAAGCUCACCAACUCUAAGCUAAAGCCUGUGAUGUCUGGAAUGAUGCCUUGGUUCCCUGAAACUGAUUCUCUUGUUGGUUUGUUCUGAUUACUUAGGGCUGCUAUCCAAUCAUCUCUGGCCCAAUGGACAGACAUGCUUGGGGUGUUGCCUGGUUUGGUUUCGCCAUUCUGUGCUGGACUGUGAGUAUCUAAUUGUAAUGUCUUGCAUGUUGGGUAAGAUACCUCUUAUUUAGCAAAAGCAUGAAACUGGUUCUGUAUCUGUUGGGGACUCUCUCAGUUCAGAAUGGUACAUAUUCAGGUGCUAUGCCUGAGUUUUCAAUUUUAAAAACGUGGUGUCUUAAUUGUUUUAACCUGCCCUGGGACCUUGGGGUGAAGGAUGCACAAAUCUCCAUCACCAUCAUCUUCCUCUCCCCCACCCACUGGCUUCUAAGAAUAAAGUUCCUGGACAUUUGGACUUAUUAAAAUCCACAGUUUUCUUUAUUGAAAUGACAAAAAUUAAGUUGUUGGGUUUUUUUGCUAAUUGAGCUUUUGCCUUUGCUUCCAAGUUUUCAAUCAUACAUUCACUUCAUUUUCCUAAGAAAGCUUUAACUGCCAUGAAUGACAUAUUUGAACUAAUACUGACUUCUGAUGGUGUCAGAACCUGAUGACUUUUGUAAUAUGUUCAGUGUAGCAGUUUAUGAAGAUGAUGAUACACAGUGGUUCUAGAAUUAUAGCUCCUAGUUUCUCUAUUGGUAGAAAUCAGUUGGCAGGAUUUUUACCUUGAAUGACACAAACACACACCACAAACACACACCACAAAGCACAGUAGGUCCCUGCACAGACACAACAGCUAAGAGGAGGCAUGUUAACUCCUUAUCACUCAUUCCCCUUUGAAACUAGUUCAUCCCUUGUUACUCUUGCUGCUCUUCCACCCUCCUGCCAUUUUAGAACUUGAUCGUAAGCUACUUGAGGCAGAGACCUGUCUCUUCCUUCAUAUUAUUCUGUAGCCUAGUGCUAUACAACCAAUGUCACUUGGUUAUCAAUGAAUUAUAGAUAAAUAAUAUGGCUUGAUUACUUGAAAGACGUUGCUGGAAGAACUCUUAAAAAUUUCUUCCUAUUUUGGAACAAUGCCUAUGGGUUGAUCAGUACUAAGCUUUUUGAGCCAGCUAAGGUCAAAUAAGCCUUUUGCAUCCGGGAAAACUUGUUUCGAGUACCCAGUUUGUUUGGACUAUCCUUUCAGGACACUUGCAAUACCAACCUAUGUUUACAUAGUGCCUAAACUGGUGUAACCAGCAGCAGUGUAAAUGUGAAAUGACCUCUAGGGAGACAGUAAAAUGACUAUGAAUAAACCCGGGAGACGGGUUAUUGCCUAAUCACAGGCAUGUGGACAGCACAGACUGGUCCGCACGUAAUACAAAAACAUGGAGGAGCCACUGCAAUUUUUGGGUUGUGGGCCAGCCCCUUCUUCUCUUUGCAUCCAGCACAGCUGAAAGGAAGAGACUGGAAGUUUCUGCUACCAAUUUCGAGUAGCUGUUCACUCAAACCCUAAACUGUAGUUCAGCUCAACUAUGUUUUGUUAACAAUAAUGGUUUGAAGUUGGAUUUUUUUUUAAAAGCAAACCAUAGUUUGUUGUGUUCAGAUGACAUGGCAAGACUUGGUUGAUCUACAAUAGAAGUGGAAGCUUUAGGAUUCAUCAAUGCAGCCACAACAGAAGGGGGAGUGGGAGUUUGUGAGCCCUAUGGGUGGUUAAGAUAAUUCUCAUAAGAUAAAACUAUAGCUUAGCAAAUAUUUGCACCUCCCAUGGGGUAUACAAAUCACCUAAAUCAGGCGUGAAGAACCUUUUUUGAUCAGAUCUUUAUUAGAUCCUAUCAGAUCACGGGUGCCCAUUUGUCAAUCACCAGAUAUCACAUAAGUUGUCAGAUGGGUGUGGUCUGAUGAACCCCCUGGUGGGCCACAUUUGGUGCAAGGACCACAGGUUCCCCACCCCAUCCUAAAUGAUAAUCACAGAGAAAUAAAAUCGUGAAAUGACCUAUGUGGGAUUGGGGAUGGAGAGAUCAGGGCUGAGCAGGAAUAUGGACCCACAAAUUAAUUAAUAGCUUCAGGCAUCUGGAAUGGUCUCUCUCUCUCUCUCAAAUAUUGUAGGAUAGGAAUCUAGCAGGAAUUGGGCCAGGGUGUCUGUGUGGUAGAAGGCAUCAGUAUCUUCUCUCCCCCCCCCCAAGCUCUAAAAGGAAUGGGUCAGUGGUAAAGCACCUCAACCUGAUUUCCACUCCACUUCCAAACUUUUGUUCCCUCCUUUUUGUCUUAUCCAAUGGGAAAUGUCUUGAAUGUUCUGAAAAUAGAUUGUAGCUAUGCCACAACAAGGGACAGAUAGUUUUUUUCUGCUUUGGAUGGAAACAGUACUAAAACGUUAACAUUAUUAGAAGAUAAACAGAAUUGUAAAAAAUAAAUAGCCCGGGAGUCUUGGUGGGCCUCCUAUGAAAACCUCUUGUUGCUGCUGCUUUUCAGCAUAUAGAUCUCCUUCUUUUUAAUUCCAGUGCAUUGGUUUUCAUCUGUAUUUCUCCAUUGUGGUCAAACAUCCCACAGAAACUGGGCCUCAGGGUCAAAUAUAGUAGAUGCAGCCCAGAGUUACUUCCAUUCCACAUAAUUAUGUUGUUUGUGCAGACUGACUUCGGGCUGUCCCUCUGGCUGGUAGAGUUUUGGGGUGGGAAAUCUGGGCAAGCUGCGUAAGUAAGAUGUUGCAAUGGCAUAAGGUGUGGUCCUUCCUGAGUUGUUGUUUUCUUUUUCCCUUGCAGACUUGGGUCCUUCUUUGUACCAUGUUCUACUGGAGCAGAAUCGAGUAUUAA